AUGUCGGGCAUUUCGUCACGUUUGCGAGAGCUCCUCAACAACCUGCGUCAGAAAGAUGACCCCUCGAUUCAGCUGAUUGCCCUGCAGGAACUGUCUGAGAUACUACUGGUUUCAAACGAGGACAAUCUGUCGGGCCACUUUUCGCCCGAUUCCUUCGUCAAGGAAUUGGUAACUCUGAUGCAGCCGAACGAGAUCACGGGUGAGGAGAACCCGGAAAUCAUGCUUCUCGCUUGCCGUUGCCUGGCAAACUUGAUGGAGGCGUUGCCCGCGAGCGUGGCCAACGUCGUAUAUGGAGGCGCUGUCCCGGUUCUGUGCCAAAAGCUUCUGGAGAUCUCGUUCAUCGACCUCGCCGAGCAAGCUUUGAGCACUCUCGAAAAGAUCUCCGCCGAGUACCCCUCCAGCAUUGUUCGAGAGGGUGGCCUCACUGCCUGCUUGUCCUACUUGGAUUUCUUCGCAACAAGCACACAAAGAACGGCUGUGACCACUGCUGCCAACUGCUGCCGGAACAUACCCGAGGAUUCCUUCCCAGUCAUUCGAGAUGUCAUGCCCACCCUACUCAAUGUGCUAGGCAGCAGUGAUCAGCGAGUUGUGGAACAAGCCUCGAUCUGUGUCUCUGGGAUUGUCGAGAGCUUCAAAUACCAAUCUGCAAAGCUGGAAGAGCUCGUCAGUGUCGACCUACUCAAGGCAGUUUUGAGACUGCUCGUACCUGGCACCACCAACCUCAUUAGGUCGGAUAUCCACACCCAGUUUCUGCGAGUCUUGGCCUUCACAGCUCGUGCCAGCCCUCAACUGUCGGCAGAACUGUUCAAACUCAACGUUGUGGAGACCCUCUACCAGAUCUUGACCGGCGUGUCUCCACCAAGCGGAACCGAAGAUGUCGCCUCCAAGCUCGACAGCGUUGUCAUCAUGCAGGCGUUGAUUCACCGGCCCAAAGAGCAGAUCAUCGAAACCCUCAACGUCAUCUGCGAGCUGCUUCCUAGCCUGCCUCGCAAUGCUGACCCUUCAUACGGCGACUUCGUCGAGAUGAACUCAACAGAACCCAUUACUCCCUCAUCCACUGCACCUGGAAAGGCACGCAAGUCACCCAACGACAAGAGAGUUGAGCUCCUUGAUGGCUGCAAAGCUGAGGUCCGCCGCUUCGCGCUCAUUCUCUUCCCAACCUUGACCGAUGCUUUUUCGAGUACAGUCAACCUCAAUGUUCGGCAAAAGGUUCUCACUGCGCAACUGAAGAUGCUGUCGAACCUUGAUGAAGAGAUCCUCGGAGAGGCACUGAAGACUGUUUCAUACGCUUCUUUCCUGGCCUCGAUUCUGUCCCAGCAGGACCAUCCUUCGCUCGUCAUGCUCGCCCUUCAGGCUACGGAACUUCUCCUUAGUCGUCUGGAGGAUGUUUACCGGUACCAGCUGUAUCGUGAGGGUGUCAUCUCGGAGAUCACGAAACUCGCCACCGAGGAGCAGACUCCUCCACCGGCGCUAGAGCCGACUGGUUCACAGGAAACCAGCAACACUGACCCACAAGCUUCUGUAGACUCUGGAGAUCAUUCGUCGGACAACGAGGAGUCGGAAGAUGAUGAAGAUCACGAGGAAUCGGAGGACGAGGAGAACGAAGAGGAGAACGAGAACGAGCCUCAUCCAGACGAUAUCUCGGGCUCUCCGGUUAGUUCACGUGGCUCGACCAUGUCACUUGACGGACCGCCUCAGCACUUCCUGUCCGACGUCCCUUCAAUGCGGAGUAGGAUCCGCGAUGUGGCCAAGAAGUUCUUGGAAAGUCACGAGACCGAGAAGCAUGGCAAGACCAUGAAGAAGAAGGCGACCAAGAUUCUGUCCAACCUCUCGGAUCUGGCUGGAGAGAUUGAGGCCUUCUAUCUUCACAGAACGGCGACCAAUCUUGCACCUGAAAACGGUGUAGAGCUCUUCAAGAAGCUGGCGUCAUCUUUCGACGCAGAUGUUCUUGAAAGCGUUACAAGUGCAGAACUUCUAGCUUCUGGACUCGUCAGAGUUCUUUUGGAGGUUUUCAGCAACCCUGAUGAGGAGCUGGCCCGAACUGCACAGUCGGCUUUUCUGCAGGUGUUCAUGGGUUACACUGUCAAGUCUAAGCCGAAGACCGCAACCGCCGAUUCUCCCGCAACACCCUUCAGCGUCAUGGUUCACAAACUCCAAGAUCUUCUCAGUAGGUCCGAGCAUUUCGAGGUUAUUACAGUCCACCAAAACACCUUUGACGGCAACCGCAGUAGUGCAGCGUCCAUGCUUGCGAAACAAAUCCGGCUGAGACUCGUUGCUGAUGAUGACUCCGACAUACCGCGGUCUUAUCGGAACAUUAUGGUCUCGAUCCACGCUAUCGCCACCUUCAAGUCGCUGGAUGACUACUUGCGUCCCAGAAUCAGCCUGUCUGAACGGCCACGCGGCUCUCGGCGAGCUGACAAUUUGUCCAGAGCUCUUGCUUCACUUGCAGGCUCCGCUGGCCUGCCUUUGAGCCACGCUGCUGCUAGACUUGCAGAACGCGCCUCAGCUGCCUCUGCGUCGAGCCCCAUCCCGCCUCCGCCCAGUGCGGCCACGCCCAGCGGCUCGCGUUCCCUUCGCAAGACGAAGUCCAAGUCAACACCGCAUUCUGAAACUGCAGCAAGUCCAGACACUUCUUCCACUACGAGAGAUAAGGGUGUUCUGAGAAGGUCUACUCGCCGCAGCGCGGCGUCUGCAGCAGAAAGUCCUGCACCCUCACGACCGCCUCCGGAAGAAGACGACCUGGAGAACGCGCUCGAGUGCGCAGACGAGAAGCACCUGUCUGACGACGAAGAGAUCGGCGGCAGCAGCGCCCUCGAUGCUAUUGUGGGCGAUCUCGAUGAAGACAUGAGCGAGUCCCCUGCGCCCGAGCCUGGUGCCGUCAACAUGGAAAUUGCAGCUGGUGGCAGGGUCACCGCACGAAAGGACGAUGGGACCAGAGUCCCCACGCCAUCGCAGAGUGCUUUGCCUACUCGGUCCAGCGCUCUCCCUCCCCCACCGGCACAGAGCACGCCCACUCCAUCGACUUCGUCAUCGCGGCCAAUGUCUUACGCUGCAGCUAUUCAAGCUGUCCCUCAAGACUGGCACAUCGAGUUUACUCUUGAUGGCAAAGUCAUCCCCAGUGAGACCACCAUCUAUCGUGCUGUCCAUACCUCAGCUGCGAACUCCGAUGAGCAUUUCAGCCGGAGUGUCUGGUCUGCGGUCCACCCAAUCAAGUUCAGGCGUGCCCCUGGUCCGCCGCCUGCGGAAACUCUGUCCUUCAGUUCCAACGCCGAGGCUAAUACGGAAGACAAUGGGGACGGAAGCGUGCCAGCGUCCCUGGCCAAACAUCCUUCUACCGCCUCGAUUCUUCGUCUGCUCAAUAUUCUUCACGACUUGAAUGCCAAUAUUGAGGAUGUCAUGGUUGAGAACAGUGAGAAGGAUGCUGUCCGACUCAACGUGGAGCCCCUGUCACAGUUUGUCAAUACCAAGCUCACCGCCAAGCUGAACAGACAGUUGGAAGAACCGCUUAUCGUGGCGAGCAACUGCCUGCCAAGUUGGGUAGAGGAUCUUGCGAGACUGUAUCCUUUCCUCUUCCCCUUCGAGACGAGGCACUUGUUCUUGCAGUCGACCUCAUUCGGCUAUGCCCGUUCUAUGACUCGCUGGCAGAAUGCCCAUUCUGCAGACGACUCUCGUCGUGAUCGACGUGACGAUAGACCCUUCCUCGGACGACUACAGCGCCAGAAGGUGCGCAUCUCUAGAUCCAAGAUCUUGGAGUCUGCGUUGAAGGUCAUGGAGCUCUAUGGUGCUUCUCAAAGUAUCCUAGAGGUUGAAUACUUCGAGGAGGUAGGAACAGGCUUGGGCCCCACCCUUGAGUUUUACUCGACGGUGUCGAAGGAAUUUUCCAAGAAGAAACUCAAGUUGUGGAGAGAGAUGGACUCGAACGACUCUGAAGAGUAUAUCUCUGGCGCGAGCGGCCUCUUCCCUCGACCACUCAGCGACGAUGAAGCCGGUGCUCCCAACGGUGAACGCAUUCUCCAGCUCUUCAAGACUCUCGGAAAGUUUGUUGCUCGGUCAAUGAUCGAUUCUCGCAUCAUUGACUUGAACUUCAACCCUACCUUCUUCCGCAUUGGAGACGGUUCAUCGGCGCCCGGCGUCAAGCCAUCCCUUGGCGCAGUUAAGGUUGUUGACCCUGGCCUGGCUCGAUCUUUGAAGACCAUCAAGAAGUUUGCUGUGGCCAAGAAGGAAAUCGACGAAGACCCUUCACGCACUCCUGCGCAAAAGGUGGCUGACACCGAGGACAUCGCCAUUGAUGGAAUGAAGCUAGAUGACCUUUGCCUCGAUUUUACCCUGCCUGGUUAUCCCGAGAUCGAGCUUAUGCCUAACGGCGGUCAGGUUCGGGUCACCAUUGAUAAUGUGGACUCGUAUCUGGAGCGUGUCGUUGACAUGACUCUUGGGACUGGCGUUCGCCGCCAAGUCGAUGCAUUCCGGUCUGGGUUUUCCCAGGUCUUCCCGUACUCAGCCCUGAGCGCCUUCACUCCCGAUGAACUCGUCACGUUGUUCGGUAGAGUUGACGAGGAUUGGUCACUUGAGAGUAAGCUCGCCUUCCCGUCCAUGAGUUCUUCCGAAUGUUUACUGACCUACUCAACAGCACUUAUGGACUCUAUCAAGGCAGAUCAUGGCUACAACAUGGAUAGCAAGAGCGUCAAGAACCUGCUGCAGGCCAUGAGCGAGCUGUCUCCCUCUGAACGCCGUGACUUCUUGCAGUUCACCACGGGAAGCCCCAAGCUCCCGAUUGGAGGUGCGUUUACCUUGUUUGUCCCCUCCAAGGGAUACAUACUUACAUCAGAAACAGGCUUCAAGAGCUUGACCCCCAUGUUCACCGUCGUCUGCAAGCCGAGUGAACACCCAUACACGUCUGACGACUAUCUCCCCAGCGUCAUGACUUGCGUGAACUACCUCAAACUACCCGACUACACCAGCAUUGAAGUUAUGCGGAAACAACUCUCGACUGCAAUCAAAGAGGGUCAGGGAGCGUUCCACCUGUCUUAG